CGAUAACUUUGAUUGGCCCUUGUGCGAUCUCUAACGUUUAAUAAGUUGUAUUUUGUGAAAUGUUGCUAAUGAAAAUUCGCUAAUAACUGUAUAAAAACAACUGCAUUGUGCUGCGUGGCGUGUUUGGGCAACUAAAGGCAGUGGGAACUGCGCAUAUCCAGCACCGACCGUGAUUUGGAGGCGUGGCAGCGCCAAACCGGCGACCAGUAACCCAAAGAAACCGCCAUGUCGAAAAGUUCCGGACGCGAUCGGGACAGAGAGCGCGACCGGGAGCGGGAGAGGGAGCGCGACCGGGAUCGAGAGCGCGACAGGGAUCGGGAGCGGGACAACCGGCACGAUAGUCGCAGCCGUGACUAUGACAUGGGCAAGUCCAGGAAUGGCGGUGGCGCCGGCGGCGGCGGAGGCGGUGUCGGCUCCCGGAACAUGCGCGAUGACCGGAAGCGCGGCAAGGACAUGAUCAGCGAUCGGGGAAGACGCGACGAGAAGCGGAGGAAGCGUUCCAGGUCAAAGGAUUACGAGAAGGACAAUUCGCCCCAUUACAGGCGCCUGGACAAGGAUCGUGACCGUGAUCGGGAACGCGAUCGGCAACGGGAGAAGGAUCGGGAGCGCGAGAAGGACAAGGAGCGCGAACGGGACAAGGAUCGCGAGCGUGAUCGGCAGCGAGAAAAGGAAUCGGACGGCAGGCGAGCGGCCGCAGCAGCUCCGCUGAUCAUACCAGUGCCCUCGACCAGUUCCUCCGACGAGGAGGUCGAGGAGAUCGACAAGGAGGAGCAGCAGCGCCGCCUGGAGCAGGAGAUGAUCAAGCGGCGCGAGCGCAUUGAACGCUGGCGCGCGGAACGCAAGCGGGACACCAAGGCGGCCGUCGUGGCGCCGGCGGUGGUCAAGUCCGCAAAGAAAUGGAGUCUGGAGGACGAGUCCGAGGAGGACGACAGCAAUCCCGCUCCGCCGCUGGACAGCGGGAAAAAGGACGCCGAACCCGACUCGCCGCCCUCCAAGUUCCACAGCAUACGCAAGCGCUUCGACGAUGACGUGGUCGAGUCGAAGUUCUCGCCCGUCAAGCGCCCCACCUUUAGCAAAUCAUUUGGCAAGUUGGGCAUUGGCCUGGCCACCAAAACCGAGGGGGAGAUCAAGAAGGAGCCACCGCCGGUGGACACCAAAAAGGAGAUCAAAAAGGAACCCGAACCAGUCGUGGUCAAAAUGGAGAUCGUUGAGGAGCCCACCGUCGCAGCAGAGGAGAAGGGCAAGAUGGUGCCGGAACAGCCGCAAGUGGAUGCCAAAGCGGAACCGGAAGUGAAAGAAAAGCCGCAACCCGAAGCCGAGCCAGAAGACGACAUUGAUCCACUGGAUGCCUACAUGCAGGAGGUCAACAACGAGAUGCGGCGUGUGAACAAUUUCGUCAAUCCACCCACCAAAGCGCAGGGUGUCGUCAUCCUCACUGGAGUGGCGAAAAAGAAGGCGACCACGUUGAAGAAGGGCGAGCUGAUAGAACAAAACAUGGACAGCUUGGAAUACUCCAGCGAGGAUGAACUGGAGGACAUACGUGACACGGCCGUUAAUUUGGCGAUGAAGCACCGCAAGGAGCUGGCCAAGAUCGAUCAUUCCUCGGUUACGUAUGCACCCUUCCGCAAGAAUUUCUAUGUCGAGGUGCCGGAACUGAGUCGCAUGACCGCCGGCGAUGUGGAAAAGUACCGCUCCGACCUCGAGGGCAUCCAGGUGAAGGGCAAAGGCUGUCCAAAGCCCAUCAAGACGUGGGCGCAGUGCGGCGUCAGCAAGAAAGAGAUGGACGUGCUGCGACGGCUGGGCUUCGAGAAGCCCACGCCCAUCCAGUGCCAGGCCAUACCGGCCAUCAUGUCCGGACGGGAUCUGAUAGGUAUUGCUAAAACUGGCAGUGGCAAGACGUUGGCAUUCAUUUUACCAAUGUUUAGGCACAUUCUGGACCAGCCGAGCCUGGAGGAUGGCGACGGCGCUAUCGCGAUCAUAAUGGCGCCCACUCGCGAACUCUGCAUGCAGAUUGGCAAGGACAUCCGCAAGUUUAGCAAGUCGCUGGGCCUGCGGCCAGUUUGUGUUUACGGCGGCACAGGGAUCUCCGAGCAGAUUGCCGAACUGAAGCGCGGCGCCGAGAUAAUUGUGUGCACGCCGGGUCGCAUGAUCGAUAUGCUGGCGGCGAAUUCUGGACGUGUGACGAACCUGCGUCGCGUCACCUAUGUCGUCUUGGACGAGGCAGAUCGCAUGUUCGACAUGGGCUUCGAGCCGCAGGUGAUGCGCAUCAUCGACAAUGUGCGACCGGAUCGCCAGACGGUCAUGUUCAGCGCCACGUUUCCACGGCAAAUGGAGGCGCUGGCCAGACGCAUCCUCAAGAAGCCCAUCGAGGUGAUCGUCGGCGGUCGGUCGGUGGUGUGCAAAGAUGUCGAACAGAAUGUGGUCAUUCUCAACGACGAUGCCAAGUUCUUUAAGCUGUUGGAACUGCUGGGCAUCUACCAGGAGGCGGGCAGCAUCAUUGUCUUUGUCGACAAGCAGGAGAACGCCGAUAUCCUGCUGCGCGACCUCAUGAAGGCAUCGUAUCCCUGCAUGAGCCUGCACGGCGGCAUCGAUCAGUUCGAUCGCGACUCCACCAUCAUCGACUUCAAGUCGGGCAAGGUGCGCCUGUUGAUUGCCACCUCGGUGGCUGCGCGUGGCCUGGAUGUUAAGGAUCUCAUACUGGUGGUCAACUACGAUGUGCCUAAUCACUACGAGGACUAUGUUCACAGAUGUGGUCGCACCGGUCGAGCGGGCAAAAAGGGUAGCGCCUACACGUUCAUCACGCCGGAACAAUCGCGCUAUGCCGGCGACAUUAUCCGCGCCCUGGACCUAUCGGGCACACUGAUUCCCGCCGAGCUGCAGACGCUGUGGACGGAGUACAAGGCGCUCCAGGAGGCCGAGGGCAAGACGGUGCACACGGGCGGCGGUUUCAGCGGCAAGGGUUUCAAGUUCGACGAGCAGGAGUUCAAUGCCGUCAAGGAGAGCAAGAAGCUGCAGAAGGCGGCCCUGGGACUGGCCGAUUCCGAUGAUGAGGAGGACAUCGAGCAGGAUAUUGACCAGCAGAUUGAGCAAAUCUUUGCGGCCAAGCGCACGGUUAAAGAUACUUCGGCCGCGGCCACGGCUGCGGCGGCGGCUGCUGCGGCGGCAGCUGCUGCUGCUGCGGCAGUUUCUGGUGGUAAUCCGGCACUGGCCUCGGCGGCGGCACAAGCGGCGGCAGCUGCUGCUGCUGCCAAUAUUGCCAUUGCUGCGGCGUCGGCUUCCGCAGCCGGUGGUGUUCCAAGUGUGGCCAUGGGCGGUGCUCUGAGCUCCGACAAACUGGAGCUGGCCAAACGACUGGCCUCCAAGAUCAACAGCAGCAAGAACCUGGACACCAAGGGCAGCGUGGUCACUGUGGAGCCCAUGCUCAAGGGACCGCAUGUCACGGGAGCCGCCGCACCACUGCUGACCGCUCGCACGGUGGCCGAGCAGAUGGCCGCCAAGUUGAACAACAAGCUGAACUACCAGCCCAAGGAGGAUGAGGAAGGACUGGGCCCGCUGAUGGGCGGCACAACCAACUCGUUUACCAAAUACGAGGAGGAGCUGGAGAUCAACGAUUUCCCGCAGCAGGCGCGCUGGAAGGUCACGUCCAAGGAGGCACUCGCCCAGAUCUCCGAAUACUCGGAGGCGGGUCUCACCGUGCGCGGCACGUACGUGCCGCAGGGCAAGAAUCCGCCGGAUGGCGAGCGGAAGCUCUACCUGGCCAUCGAGAGCUGCAGCGAACUGGCCGUGCAGAAGGCCAAGCGCGAGAUCACGCGGCUCAUCAAGGAGGAGCUGCUCAAGCUCAGCUCCGCCCAUCACGUCUUUAACAAGGGUCGCUACAAGGUGGUCUAGACCUGGACGCACCACUAAGCCUCCCGCUAUGAUAAGAUAUUCUACUGUGCGGAUAUUCGGAACGAGAUCAGAUAUGCAUAAGGAAGGAGUCGUCGUUUGUGGCCAAUUGGGGGCUGUACCAAAUGCCCAAACUGAUUUAAACCCAAUAAAUUAAUUGGAUACACGCA